UUAUUUUUGCUUUGAAUAGGGAAGGAUGGAUUCGCAUUGACCAUAGCAGCACGGCACCACGCUAUUCCUCUCUCUCUCUCAAUGCCGGCUCAAAAGCGUUCGCUUUACGAGGACGAUGAAGAGCUGCAACGUAACAAUCACGACGAACAAGCACCAGAAACGGAUGACGCUUCCUCUAGUUGCAGUGACAAGGAAGAUUUUAUCCUUGUAAAGCUGGCUGAAAUUCGCAAGGAAGUGCAAUGCCCAAUUUGCUUAGGAAUAAUUCGGAAAACCAGAACGGUUAUGGAAUGCCUGCACCGCUUUUGUAGGGAAUGCAUAGACAAAUCAAUGAGAAUGGGGAACAAUGAAUGCCCUGCUUGUCGUGCUCAUUGUGCAAGUCGUCGUUCUUUGAGGGAUGACCCUAAUUAUGAUGCCCUCAUUGCACUUCUCUAUCCUGACAUUGAUAAAUUUGAGGCAGAGGAGUUUGCCUUUGAAGAAGAGGAGAAAGCUCAGAAUAAGCAGAUCCAAGCCUCAAUUGCUCAGACAUCUCGACGUCAAUUAGAAGCAUUGGCAAAGAAACGCACAACUGCUAAAGCGACACCUUCAGUAUUUAUGAGAAGGUCACAGGAAAACAACACGAGGGGAAGAAAUAGGAAAUCGUCUGAUAAUGAAGAUGAUGAUGGUGUUAACAAAGAUUCAUCUUCUGAUGAUGAACAUGAAGUAAGACCUAGAAGACAAAGGAGAGGUGUAAGUAGUGCUGAUGAUGUUAAUAGAGAAAUGACGACUGGUGUAUCCGUUGAAAUUCCAGCGUGGGGUGGAGGUGGCAUCAGAAGUCACACACGACAUGGUAGCUUAAGCAAUAGUUCAAGGAACGCUAGAGUUUCUAGGCUCAUGGAUCAUAUUAGGAAAUUACCUCAAAACAAUCACAAGCUGGAUAUCCAUCUGAAGCUCAUCUCUUUAGAUGAAGAAAAUAUACCUAAUCCGCAACACGUGUAUCUUUGCUGCAGCCCCACCAUGCCAAUUAUACAUGUAAGCCAGUAUGUUGCUCUUGAGAAAGGCUUACAAGAUGAUGAGAUCGAACUACUGCUGGUGAAAGGGGAUCAUUUUGAAGUCAAUCCUUUAAAGGUUGUUGCUGGCGAACAGCCUGUUGUUGUUAUCAAUCCUUUGCAAUUGCUGGAAGAGCAACAAACCUUGUUAGAUAUUGCAAAAACUUCCGCUCAGGAAGAUUUUCUAACUCUUGCUUACAGGAAGAAGCUCAAGUGAUCAACUUUUUAACUUCAGAAAGGAAACGAGGGGCGGUUGGUAUGUACUCUCAUGAAUGUUUUAAGCAUUUUAGUAGUUAAAAGAUUGGUUUAAUACAAUUUGUCGAAAUUUUCCUAUAUUUAGAAAAAUGCUGGCCAUGUCAGUAGAAACUAGAAACAGGCCCGUGAUUACCUAUACCUUAUUGUACAUUAAGUUCACAUUGGCAUACAGUGUAGUGAAAACUGAUCUACUACCAUUUACGUAUCGUAUAUAUUGGAGAACAUUAUGAGGUGCAA